ACAGACUAAAAAGGAAAGCACCUCAUCUAAUUUGAAACGGAGGGAGUAUAAUUUUUGAUAAAACACAGGAAAGUACUGAGUAGACAGAAAUAGAGAUGAGUGAAAGCACAAUUGCUGAGAGCAGUAGACAUCCUAUAUCAAUGAUAUGAAUAUGUUAGGAAAAAAUUGGUGCUGUUCUUGAAAAUUAUUUGUGUACGUCUACUUUUGGUGCAGCUCUGUGGUUUGUUUGUAUAUCUACUUUUGAUGUAUUUUUGGACUUUGUCGGCUCUCUAGUUUUGUAGCACUUCAACUGUAAAUGAGCUAACAAACUUUGUUUUGUAAUCUUUUUGCAUCUUCUUGAUGCCUUUAAUGAUAUCCUGCUUACUUCAUAAAAAAAAAAUGCAUGAAAGGUUUUCCGUAAACUGGAGAGGUCAAUAAUGCACCAAGCUUUGGCUUGAAAGCUAAUUUGAGAUUGUGGUGGUUGGUUAUUUGUUUGUAACAAUUAUGCUUGAUUUACUUAUGUGCAGAAUCUUGAUUGUUUUUUGUUGUUCCAAAUCUUGGCUUUGUGAGAUUGUCGCGAAAAAAAGACAGUCAACUAUAAGGGCCAGGGAAAAGAUUCUGCUCUGCUAAAAUUAAGAAAUCCUCAACAAUCAGGGGGAAUUUAAGUGGCAUUAUGUCUUUGCAGAAAGCUCUUUUACUUCCCCAAGGGAAUUUGUUUUCCAGCAUUAUAAAGUGUAUUUAAUUUUGUUUCAUUUUUACCUCCUGGUGAAAUAUCGAAUGUUGGCUGUCUGAAGAGUCUUGCUGCUUCCCGUUUUUCUGUUCUGUCAUUGAAAUGAUCUACUGGUUGCAGAUUGUUGAUGGAAGACUGAUUUUUGUGGAAGUUGCUCAGAAUACACAAGCUACAGAAAACAAAACAUCCCGUAAAUAACUUUCUCAUAAUUCAGCAUACACAUCAUGGGAGAAUUUUUGGUCAUUGCUCAAUCCUCCAUAGUGCUUCCUAACUUUCGCGUCCAAGCUUGGAGUCAAAGGCAGCAUUUCUUUGCUCAUAGUCAGCCAUUGAGGUCACUUUGUUCAUCUCUACAUCCAUUGAAUACCCCUUGCACGAUGUACCCAAACUUGUCCACUCGAUCAAAGCCUUCCUACUGGGGAGUCAAAGGCAGGGUUGUCUCUGAUUCUACAAUGCCAACCACCUUCACUGUUGAUUCAGCAGGGCCGGGAAUUGAUAUUCUGCCAGAGACAGGUGGUGGUGGAGAUGAUUCUGGGAGUGCAAAUGGCGGUGGUGGUGGUGGGGGAGAUGAUGGUGGCAAUAAUAAUAAUGAUGGUGGCAACGAGGGGGAGUCAGAUGAAGGCAAGGAUCAUAACAAUAAAAAGAAAAUGGCCCUUUCGAUGUCCCAAAAACUGACAUUGGGCUAUGCUUUCUUGGUUGGAGCGGGUGGUUUUAUGGGUUAUCUGAAGAGUGGCAGCACGAAGUCACUGAUUGCAGGUGGAGUUUCUGCCUCCCUUUUGUACUCUGUUUAUGUUAUGCUUCCAACACAACCUGUUUUGGCAUCAUCAAUGGGUUUCGUCCUCUCGGCUGCACUUCUGGGAGUAAUGGGAUCUCGUUUUCUGAAGUCAAAGAAGGUUUUUCCAGCUGGGGUUGUCUCCUUUGUGUCUCUUGUUAUGACUGGUGGUUAUCUGCAUGGAAUAUUGCGCACUGCACAUUAGAUCCCUAAACUAAGCUAUUGAUCAACAUGGACAAUCGUUAGUGUCUACUCUCUACUGUUGAUUAUAGUUUUCCUAUCUGUUUGAAUUUUGGAUUUUGCGAAGUUUCCUAAGCUGUCGGGCUCCUAUAACUCUCUGGUGGACUCUAAUGAUGCAUCAAGGCUUACUUUAUUAGCCCUCUGUUUCUGUCGUCUA